AGAGAGAGAGAGAGAGAGAGAGAGGAAGGAUAGGAUGAGAGUUACACAGACAAUCAUGGGAUAACGGAUGAUGAUGGUGACGAUGAUGACGAUGAUGAUAUAGGGCGUGGUGGGGGGCUGGCCUGGCCUGGACUGGCUUGGGGUGCUGCUGCCUGCUGCACAGGUUUCUUCAUGACAAUCAUCGGGAAAUACACAGCGAUAAUGGGGUCAUGGGGUGGAGCAAUGGGUUGUUGUUUGCCGCAUAAUCUUCUUUACUUUAGCCAAUAAACCCCGCAUUGCAUUUGUAUAUAUAUAUAUAUUUCAAUAAUUGAUAGCCCUCUCUCUCCUUCCUCUUUCCCUUUCCCUUUUUCCUCUUCUUCUUCUCUCUUCAUUAUUAAUCGAUCAUGUCAAAAUCAACAACAGCGACUGAGCAAAAAGACCUUGACUUUAUCAUCUGUCUCUCAUUCCACAAGCUUCAAGAACAAAACAACCACUCCCUGCUACCCUUUGUCCUGAUACGGAAUGCUCUCACUGCACAACCUCCGUCGUCUCCGCUUAUCUGGAACAACCCUGUCGACGACGACGACGACGAUCGUGACAAUGAUCCCACCAUCACCAACAGCAGUAAUAGACAACAACAUCAGCAUCAUGACAACGACCAUAUGUUAAUAUCCUCAUUACAAGCACAAGACCUCGACGAACAGCAACGAGAACAGAGCUGGCUUGAUGCUUGCUUUGAUGAUUUGAACCAAUAUGAGCAAGAAGAGCAGCAGCAACAAGGUUACUAUGGAAACAACCAACACAACAGCAGUUACUAUGGCGACAAUGACUAUGAUUAUUACUACAGAAGCGACAAACAAGAUGAUGAUGAUGAUGAUGAAGAACAAGAUAUCGUCAUGGAAGAUGAUUUUGGUGACAUGCUAUUGCAUGCAGCAGCCAGACGAGCCGGUAUUGUAAAGAAUCACCCGCCAUCACGACGACAUCACCAUCAUCCGCAGCAACGGCGACGACAUCAUCAUCAAAUACCACCAUUCUUUGUUCCUCUGGACGAUGACGAUGACCGGGUCGAUAAUGACGAGCUCCAGGAUAUCAUUCUCGAACAAGAAGAACAACCCGGCGUAUCAUCAUCAUCACUCUCGGCACAGCCGCACAUGGGUGAUGAUGAUGAUAAUGAAAGGCACUUUCAACGGCGGUGGUCGUCGUCGUAUUACAUACCACGAAAAUAAUGCUUAUCAUGUAAUUACGCCAGGCGGCGGCGGCGGAGGUGGCCCACACGAUGGAUGGGUGGUGCUGGUGUUACACUAGGGGGAAAAUGACACAAGGGAAUAUGAAUCACUUGUCGUAAUACCAUAAACAAAACAAUCAAUAAUAUAUAUAUACGUAAACAAUAUAAAGUCACCCUCUUCUCCAUGUACAUAACAUAUUCUAUCUAUCAUACUAUACACCCCUACUCCUUCUCUCCACGCCAAUAAUUAUUUAUCAAACCACCAUCCACACUUGUAAACACUCGACAUACACAACUAAGAGUAAUAUGAAUGAUCCCGAGAAUAAACACACAGAGUAUGGGAAAAAAAAUAGAGUGUUU